AGAAACGAAAAACCUCUCCGCCACUAAACCCUACUUUCAGUGCUCAAUAUGCACAAAACCAGAGUCGUCAAUUCCCAAUUUUUCUUGACAAAAGCACGACCAAUGCAAUCUCUGCUCGUAAAAUGAAGGUUCUUCAAGCAUUUGUUGGUUUCUUUCUAUCAAACAUGUUAUAUGCACUGCGCAACCUCUUGCAUAUCGCUCGUAGAUUGCCUCGCAGAGUAAGCCAUUCUCCUCUAUCUCAAACCUGUAAUUCAAUCUCUUCCAGUGUUCCUUUGCCAUCACAAUCGUUAACCUCGCAUGGGUCUUUUGUUGGUUGCCCUUUAAUCAUGUUCACCAGUUUUCUCUGUAUAAUCAGAUACCCCUUUGUCACAAAAUCAACUCCCAACGACCCUUUUCAAGAUUUUGAUAAGGAAUCAAUUCGUAAAAUUAUUCAACAGGAUCAAUGGGAUGAUCCUAUGGUUUUUAGUUGGUUUGAUUCUGUAUUGGCGCCUAUAUUGGUUUCUAGAAUUUUGAGGGAACUUAAACAGGAGCCGAAACUAGCACUGAAGUUCUUCGAAUGGGCAAAAACCCGAAAUGGGUUUUGCCAUACGACCGAGUCAUAUUGUAUAUUAGCUCACAUUUUGUUUUGUGCGAGAAUGUAUUUUGAUGCUAAUAUUGUUCUUAAGGAUUUGGUUUUGUCGAGGAACGCAUUGCCGGGUUGUGAUGUAUUUGAUGUUUUGUGGUCAACUGGAAAAGUUUUUGUUCCCGGGUUUGGAGUGUUUGAUGCUUUGUUUAGUGUUUUGGUUGAGUUGGAAAUGCUGGACGAAGCAAACAAGUGCUUUUUAAAGAUGAGGAGGUUUAGGGUUUUACCAAAAGUGCGGUCUUGCAAUUUUCUUUUGCAUAGGCUUACCAGGUCAGGAAAGGGGGACUUGUCAAGGGAGUUUUUCAAUAAUAUGGUUGGGGCUGGGAUUGCACCGUCCGUGUUUACUUAUAAUAUAAUGAUCGAUUAUAUGUGCAAAAAAGGGGACAUGGAAACAGCUAGAAGAUUUUUUGGACAAAUGAAACGGAUAGGCUUAACACCAGAUAUUGUCACGUAUAAUUCUCUUGUAGACGGAUAUGGAAAGAUUGGGUUAUUGGAUGAAUCAGUUAGUAUAUUUGAAGAAAUGAAGGAGGUGGGUUGCGAGCCUGAUGUUAUAACUUACAAUGCUCUAGUUAAUUGUUUCUGUAAAUAUGGAAGAAUGCCUAGUGCUUUUGAAUUUCUUCAUGAGAUGAAAAAUAAAGGGUUGAAACCAAAUGUUAUAACUUAUAGCACAUUAAUUGAUGCCUUUUGCAAGGAGGGGCUGAUGCAACAGGCAGUUAAAUUUUUUAUUGACGUGAGAAGAGUUGGUCUUUUUCCCAAUGAAUUCACGUAUACUUCUCUAAUUGACGCAAAUGGUAAAGCAGGUAACCUAAAUGAAGCAUUGAAGUUGGCUAAUGAGAUGUUGGAGGCACAAGUUAAUUUAAACAUUGUUACCUAUACGAGUUUGCUGGAUGGCCUUUGUGAAGCAAGGCGAAUGAAGGAAGCGGAAGAAGUGUUUAGAGCAAUAUUGAAAGCUGGGGUAGCUCCUAACCAGCAAACUUACACAGCUCUUAUUCAUGGGUAUAUCAAGGAUGGGAAAGUGGAUAGUGCAUUUGAUCUUCUGAAAGAAAUGAAUGGAACAGGAAUUAAACCAGAUUUGUUGCUGUAUGGAACCAUCAUUUGGGGUUUGUGCAGCCAAAAUAAACUUGAGGAGUCCAAGCGUGUAUUCUGUGAAUUGAAAGAGAGUGGUAUUAGUGCGAAUUCUGUAAUAUACACAACUCUUAUGGAUGCUUAUUUCAAGGCAGGACAAACUUCAGAGGCACUUGGCCUGCUGCAGGAAAUGCAAGACUUGGGCAUUGAGGUUACAAUUGUGAGUUUUUGCGUCUUGGUAGAUGGUUUGUGCAAAAGGGGCUUGGUCCAAGAGGCAAUUGAUUUUUUCAGUAAGAUCCAGGACUAUGGUUUGCAUCCAAAUGUAGCAAUCUAUACAGCUCUGAUUGAUGGUUUCUGUAAAAAUAAUUACUUUGAAAUGGCAAAAAAGAUGUUUGAUGAGAUGCUGGACCAGGAAAUGAUUCCUGAUAAAACUGCAUUUACCUCAAUGAUUGAUGGGAAUCUAAAGCAUGGAUACUUUCAGGAAGCUUUGGAUUUGUGGAAUAGAAUGAUUGAAAUUGGUAUUGAGAGUGAUUUGUAUACCUACACUUCCUUGGUAUUUGGGUUUUCUCAAUGUGGUCAGCUGCUACAAGCAAGAAGUUUCUUUAAUGAGAUGAUUAAUAAGGGUAUGCUUCCGGAUGAAAUUCUAUGUAUCUGUCUAUUGAGGAAAUACUAUGAGAGAGGAAAUAUUGUGGAAGCCCUCAAAUUACAAACUGAAAUGUUGAAAAGGGGUAUAAUUUCUGGCGAAACUAAUUGGGCGGCUACCAAGAUACAGAAUUUGGAAGGAUCUGGGAACCGGCCAAUGGAUGACAUUGCAAUUGAGAAAAUGUUCCUACGACUACUAAUAGAUUAUGACUGGGAAUUCAAUGAUUUGGCCCCCAUGAUAAGAAAGAAAUCAAUAGUGCACAAGGAAGCAAGACUGUUGAGCAAGAAUUUCCAACCUUCCAUGUUGGCUCAUGAUUUGAAGGCAAGUAUUGGGUAUCUAGAGAAAGCGUUCUCCAAUACGUUUAAACUGUACGUAGUAUGGAUUCUCUGGAAGAGAGGAUCGGUGGAAACUUGUGCUAUUGCGAAGGGGGAUAUGGGAACUAGGGUUCCAGUACAGCACUACAAUUUGAGAUCAGCGAAUACGUACAUUGGGAGCUCUCUGCAUGACCUUAACACCGUCGAUUCAAGGCCCGGUGACAUUGACGGCAUCGGCGACGUCGAUCAUCGCCACAACGCGGCUGCUGAGGAUGGUAGCUUGGACGCCCACGAUGAUUCUAAUGAUGUUGAUUGCAUGCAUGAAUCCUACAGGAAUGCUUUGUCACUUCAUGGAGUUGGAGUUGAAGAGGAUCGCUCUAGCCUUGAGAAUAGCGAGGCUUCAAGGGGUUCCUAUGAUAUUUUGACCCUCGAGGAUGUUUUGCCUAUUGAAUCCGCAAGGGCACGAUUUCUCCAAAUUAUUGUGGAUCACUUUAUCAGUGACCACGUGAUUGAAGUUGCUGAUUCAGAAAUUGACUACACCACUCAGUCAGGGCAAGAUAAACUGAAUAAGAGGAAGACAACAGAUGUUCAAUAUGAAGGUGAUCCAAGGUUUGCUUUGCCCUUGAUGUAUGUUGCUAAUAUGUAUGAGACCUUAGUAAAUGAGGUGAAUAUGAGGCUUUCUUCCUUGAAUGGCAUACGAGAGAAGACUAUUGGGGUAGCCCUAGAAGCAGCUGGUGGUUUAUAUAGAAGACUGGCUAAAAAGUUUCCUAAAAAAGGAUCCUGCAUAUUCAGAAGGAGGGAACUGGCAACUUCUCUUGAAACAAGGACAAGAUUUCCUGAACUUGUUGUACAGGAAGAGAAACGAGUUCGUUUUGUAGUGGUCAAUGGCUUGGACGUUGUUGAGAAACCAAAUAUUAUGCCUAUUGAAGAUGCAGAAUGGUUUAAACGGUUGACAGGUCGGAAUGAACUAGCUGUCUCUGCUCAAGACUAUAAGUUCUAUUCUCCAAGACAUAAGUAUAGGCGUGUUUCAUCAAACUCCAUUUCUAACAUUUCUGCUUUGCCUACAUUUCCUUGUUCAGAGAGUUCUUCUACAUUGGCAACUGCCCAAGGAUUUCGCUCCAUAACUGAAAAUCAGCAGCAGACUCCUUCCAAGCAUCUUAUGCAACCACUUUCACAUCAGCCUCAGUUUCACCCAGUACACCAGAACCAUCAUGAAUCAAUUCAUCAUGGUCAACAUGCAGCUCAGUUUUCUCAAAACCAGCAAUGCUCUCCUGCAAAGUUGCCUGAUAUUGCUCACUCUCACCAGCCACCAACCAUUUCACAACACAUGGCUUGCUUACAACCUCUCACAGGAGGCCAUGUGGGAGGGCGUUUGCACUUAAUGCCAACAAUCCCUGCAAAGUUUUGUGAUGAGUGUGGAGCUAUGUAUUUAAGAGAAACGUCUAAAUUCUGCUCUGAAUGUGGCGUGAAGAGGUUGGGAACUUGAUACGAUCUCGAAAGGUUCUCUUAUCAGGUUCUCUUAUCAAGUUCUCAAAAGUGAAAAUUGAUUAUUUCAUGAAUAGUUGAAGAAUCAGAGGUUUUUAUCUUCUUUUUCUUGAGUGGAAAUAUCUUUUAGUCAUGUAUGUAACUGAGCAGCAUUUGGCUGUUUGCAUAGGAAUAUUGGGAAUAUGUUCUCAGAGUCUCCAUAGUCCCUGUUUAGAGAUAGGAUAUGAUAUUCUGUAAGCAAUUAACUGUACAAAUGCGCUCAGGUGAAUCUAGUUUAUUCAUUUAUACUAAGCUUGAUGUGAAUUUAGUUUAGU